CCCUCUGGUUAGCAGAAAUAUUCCGACUACAGGAUAGAUGUAAUGACCCCAUUCACUCGACUCGAACGACUCGACUCGUCGUUAGGCUAAAUAAUAAGUAGCUACGUAAACAUUAUAAAAAAAAAAUAGAUAAAAUAACUGUCACUUGUCAAUUACACAUUCAAAAUUGUCGUAUAAGAAAUAGCAAAAUUCAGAGUUUACUUUAAAAAAUUACCAAGUAAACUAAGUUGCAGUUCUGUUAAUGUGUUAAAUGUAUCGACGUAAUUUUGUAAUAUUCAAAUAGCAUUUUGUUAUUUCUAUGAUUCGUGAUAGAAUUGCGAGGCAAUGUCGCACAUUAACGACCUAAUCGGCGUAGUCCGGGGCCUGAGGUUAGUUGUGGAAGCCGGAGUCAAACUCCAGCAGGAAAAUGCUAGAAUCAUCUGGAAUAACUCCACCAUUAAGGCUUUUGCUCAAACGUGUCCAACUAACCCCAUAUCUAACAUUAAAGUUAGCCCAGACUUUGGCAAAGAGCUGUUUGACCGAGCUUCUGUUGUCGCUCAAGGCUUCCAACAGUAUGCAGUAAUGAAUGUCCCCAAUUUUACAACGAAUCCAGAGACUAAAGCUGCCAUGGAUCCAAAGUUGCAAGAGGAAAUAGAGGAGCUUAACCGGGAGUUCAACCGGACCUUCGAAAGUUUGGAAAAAGCUCAGUUACGAACCGAGCAGCUAAAUGAUAGAAUUCAAGUUCCAUUAGAGAAUGUAACUGUGCGAAGGGUUGAGACUCAUAGCCCUGAAAUCUUAACUGAAAUUAAGCCAGGCAGUGUAAGCAGUUCAGGAAAACCAAAGCCUGUUGCCAAGAAGAAGAUAAGAGUGGCACUAAGCGAGAACUCGAAGCCCCGCGUAGUCCCAUCGUCCCGCCUCGGCCGAAUGUUCUCGUUCGGCUCGUUGGCCGCCGGACUCGGGGUCGGCACGGUGGCGCAGUACGCGCGGAACACCAUCCAGUCCGUCACAGGCAAGGCGGACGACUCCGCCAACGCGUUCCUGUCGCCUGCUAACGCUGAACGGAUUGUGGACACGCUGUGUAAAGUUAGAGGAGCGGCACUGAAGCUCGGUCAACUGCUGAGCAUCCAGGACGAGUCGGUGAUAUCUCCAGAGUUGCAGCGCAUAUUCGAGCGAGUGCGGCAGUCAGCAGACUUCAUGCCCGCAUGGCAAGUGGAACAGGUGAUGGCGGCCCAGUUGGGAGGGGAGUGGCGAACGAGAGUGCAGCAUUUCGAAGAUAAACCUUUCGCAGCCGCCUCCAUAGGCCAGGUGCACCUGGCGGUACUACACAACGGCAUGGAGGUGGCCAUGAAGGUGCAGUAUCCAGGCGUUGCUAAGGGCAUCAACAGUGACAUUGACAACCUCGUUGGUGUGCUCAAGGUGUGGAAUGUGUUCCCCAAAGGGAUGUUCAUAGACAACAUAGUGGAGGUGGCCAAAAAGGAGCUCGCUUGGGAGGUGGACUACCGCCGCGAGGCCGAAUGCACUAAACGGUUUAAGACUCUUCUCGCGCCUUACCCUGAGUACUUCGUACCCGAUGUUGUAGACGAGCUCUGCGCGCAAGUAGUGAUAACAACCGAGCUAAUAGACGGCGUACCGCUAGACAAGUUCUUCGACGCACCGUACGAAACUCGGCACGACAUCGCUUACAAGAUCAUGCAGCUCUGUCUGCGGGAGAUGUUCGUGUUGCGCUGCAUGCAAACCGACCCCAACUGGGCCAAUUUCUUCUACAACCCAAACACUAAACAGGUCAUCCUCCUAGACUUUGGCGCGACCCGCGAGUACUCUAAAGAGUUCAUGGACCAGUACAUAGAGAUCAUCAAGGCGGCGUCAGACGGCGACCGCGACGCCAUCCUGAGGAUGUCCAAGGAGAUGAAGUUCCUUACGGGAUACGAGUCUAAGAUAAUGGAAGAAACCCACGUGGACACAGUCAUGAUAAUGGGCGAAGUAUUCACCAGUACUUCAGGCGAAUUCGAUUUUGGUACCCAACGUACAACCCGUCGGAUCCAAGCCCUAGUGCCCACCAUACUGACGCACCGCCUCUGUCCGCCGCCCGAAGAAAUAUACUCGCUGCACAGGAAACUGUCGGGGGUGUUCCUGCUGUGUUCCAAGAUGAAAAUUAAGAUGAACUGUAGGGAUAUGUUCCAGGAGAUUUAUGAGCAGUAUAAGGAUAGAUAAUGAGGGAUUGGGAGAUACCGGUUCUUUGAUUGUAUAUCCUGUCUAAGCUAACUCUGCAUUUGAUUUUUAUUAAGUGAAACGUUGUCUUGUUUAGUAAAAGUUAAAAAGAUAUGACCUAUAUCUGAAUCCCAGGAGAUUAAGUCAGCUACAAUCUCGGUUCUCCAUACAAACGUAGUUACGCAUUUUACUAGCUAGAUUGCUCUGAAACUUUGUACUUACAACCACUGACAUAUACACCGUGUUUUUAUUGAAUUCCGUUAACUUCGGGGUAUUGGUAAGUACGUUUAAGGAAACUACAUGACAGUUAAUUUAAAAAAAAAAAAGUUUUUUUUUUUUUGUUAUAAGAAGUAAUUGAAUAUUGCAUAUAGCGUUGUUGUUGCACGGGCAUUACAUUUAUCUCAAUCAAACAAUAGACAAUUGUGACAUGUCAAUGUCAUUUCGAACAUCGAUCGUCCGAGAUAGUACUUACGUUUAGUAGCAAAUGUAUUAACCCGUACUAAACACUAAUCAAUAUGUGAACGGGCCCUAAGGUAAGUGUACACACUCGUAAGGGCUUUAUAAGAUAAAAAUAAAAUAUUGAUUAUCUCCGAAAUGGAGUUAAUUACAAUACCGGUGUCUUUGAGAAAGUUACUCAAUUUAAGCUCAGGAUUGCACCCUUGAAAUUAACGCAAAUAAAAAAAACAUGGUGUAUAUCUAAGGACGGGCCUUACGGGCCCUAAGAAUGGUGCUAGUUCAGUGGUGUCACACACGAAUUCGAGCCAAUCGUGCAGUCUAACGCAACUAGUUGCGACCAAUCGCGCGCGUGAUGCGAACUCAUCAACCAAUCGCGUUGCGGCGUUAGACUGCACGAUUGGCUCGAAUUCGUGUGCGUGACACUCUGUACUGGCCCCAUUCUUAUUGCCCGUAAGGCCCCUUAGAUAUAUAUGUCGAUGCUUACAAUAGGAUAAGGUAUACCUUGAAGCUACGUAAUUAAUUACAGGCAUAGAUAUAUCUACCAUACUUCAAGUACCAUAGUUAAAAAAAUACAGCGAUGUUAAGUUUUUCAUACAAAACUUCGUUUUGCGUCAUUUGUUUGUUUUAUAAGCUGAAGUUAUGUAUACUAAUUACAGGCAUAUACAUAUAACCUCAUGUUGUAUGUCAAAGUUUCAUUACAAUCCAACAUGUAGUUUUAAAAUGAGAACGAAACUCCGUUUGUAUGGGAAGG